AUGCAAGGAUGUGACCCACGCUCCUUGGACAGAAACAGUAUGCCACAAGGUGGAGAGAGCAAAAUGGCAACAAUAAUCAAUGACCUCAUUGCUCCAGUUCCUGAUGCCCUGUGUAAAGAUAGACUGGGUUCCUCAAACAUUAACCCAGGUGCCAACUCUCCAUCAUCUACAAGGUCCCGGAACACACCUAAGAGCAGGAAGAACUUCCACUACAUCACCAUCCUCCGAGACCCAGUGUCCCGGUACUUGAGUGAGUGGAGGCAUGUCCAGAGAGGGGCAACGUGGAAAGCAUCCCUACAUGUUUGUGAUGGAAGACCUCCAACCUCCGAAGAACUGCCCAGCUGUUAUACUGGUGAUGACUGGUCUGGCUGCCCUCUCAAAGAAUUCAUGGACUGUCCCUAUAAUCUUGCCAACAACCGCCAGGUGCGCAUGCUUUCUGAUCUGACUCUAGUAGGCUGCUACAACCUCUCUGUCAUGCCCGAAAAGCAAAGAAACAAGGUCCUUCUGGAGAGUGCCAAGUCAAAUCUGAAGCAUAUGGCAUUCUUUGGCCUCACUGAGUUUCAACGGAAGACUCAGUAUCUCUUUGAGAAAACUUUCAACAUGAACUUUAUUUCACCGUUUACCCAAUAUAAUACCACGAGGGCCUCUAGUGUAGAGAUCAAUGAGGAUAUCCAAAAGCGUAUUGAGGGACUGAAUUUUCUGGAUAUGGAAUUGUACAGCUAUGCAAAAGACCUUUUUUUGCAAAGGUAUCAGUUUAUGAGGCAGAAAGAUCAUCAGGAGGCCAGGCGGAAGCGUCAGGAGCAACGCAAAUUUCUGAAAGGAAGGUUCCUUCAGACCCAUUUCCAGAGCCAAAGUCAGGGCCAGAGCCAGAAUCCAAAUCAAAAUCAGAGUCAGAACCCAAAUCCAAAUACUAAUCCGAAUCUGACCCAGAAUCUGACUCAGAAUUUGACUCAGAGUUCAGGUCAGAAUUUGAACCAGAGAGAGAACCGAGAAAACCAGAAGAACCUAGGCCCAGAGCAGACAGAUAGUAACACCAGCAAUGGCACCAAUGACUACAUAGGCAGUGUGGAGAAAUGGCGCUAAAUGGUUUGCUCAAGCUUGUGCACAUUUCUCCCAAGGUGCCAUUGGAAAGAUGGCAUAGCUUAAGAGAUCAAAGUGUUCAAAUACAUCCUGCUUCCUUGAUUUGGGAAGUUCAAAAAAGUUUAGAUGUUGCCUUUACAGCUGCCUUUCAAUGAAAUGUUAUACUGUGUGUGGGUAAAACAAAUCUCAAUAAGUAAUUAAAUUGUCUUUUUUUUUUUGGUUGGACUAUUUAUAAAAUUCAAAAGCCAAACCAGACUUACCAGAAAUUGCUGUUUAGAUAUUUUAAGAAAUUCUUAAAUUAGUUACAGGGGAAAAAAAAUGAAAACAUUUGAUGGCUAAGAAAUGGACUAAAUUAUUCAUGAUACAGUAUUAA